AUGAAUUCUCAGACCUUUCUCUUUCUUCCUAUACCGCUGAUGGCUUUCCGAAGCCUUUGUCUGUUUUGCGCGUUGCUCGGAGCUUCCGGCGCAGACUGCGCCGGGGGAGACUGUGAGGCGGCUGUGAGCCAGGCGCUUCUCCAGCGCUUGAAGAAGGGCGGCAAAGCGAUUGUCGCCAAUCAUGGGUCCGUCGGCUCCAGUGUGAAUGCCUCCAUCCACGAUGGGCUUGUGGAGGACUCCGUCAUGUUCGCCCAGGACACUUUGCAGGAAGCGACCAAGGACUGCGGUGCCGGGCUCAUCGUCGAUCACCUGGUUGCUCUCAGCUCGCAGCUUGAGACGGAGAGUGGCGUCAAGGUUUCGCUGAGUGCGCAGAUCUUUCCCGCCGCCGGACACCCGGUCUACCACCGUUUGGACGUGCACUGGGUGGCCGGCCACCAUGCCACGAGCCCAUAUGCGCGCCACGGCGAGGUGAAUUUCGGGCCGCUCCUGGAACUUCCCGUGGAGGAUGGCGCGCAGCUCGCAUGGUGCACAGUCCUGGCCGCAAGCACCAGCGUUCAUCUCAUGGAGCUGGCACGCCGCGAGGGUCACGAGAAAGUCCGGCAGUACCAUCAGAUGCUCGGCUACCUUGGCGACUCCCAGGGUCGGGAGCAGAACUUCGACCGACAGCAGGAAGUCAGGACCGCAAGCUGCGGUCAGCUCCCAGCCGACUACAACCUGCGGACGGAUCCGGCCCAUCAGAGCUGCUUCGACUCGGGGGCAGUCACCAACCAGGGUGGAUGCGGAUCUUGCUGGGCCUUUGCGGCUGCCCAUGCGAUGAACGGGCGGCUUUGCCAGCAGGACCAGACCGACAUCAACAGCAACAGUGACGGUCUGGGCCGGCGAUUCGUCAGUGUGCAGGCAGUCCUUGGCUGCAGCACCUCCGGCCAGGGCUGCGAUGGCGGCUGGAUGUCGAACGCCUUCAACGAGUGGGAGAUUGGUGGUGCACCUCUGGCCCGGGACUACAGCUACCACCCCACGGGCGGAGGACAGCCCUGGGACUCCCUGGGAAGGCCCUGCCAGUGGGGCUCGGUUCCAAAGCCGUACCGCGUCACCAGCACCUACUGGGUCGACCUCAACGUCGACAACAUGAAGGCUGAGGUGUACUGCAAUGGUCCCUUCACAGUGGCUUUCGAAGUCUAUGACAACUUCUUUGGCUACUCAAGCGGAGUCUACAAGGAAGUCAGUGGGGGCAUUGCCGGGGGCCAUGCGGUGGUUUUGGUCGGAUAUGGCACCUCGAGCUCUGACGACUACUGGGAGCUGAUGAACAGCUGGGGCAGCGGAUGGGGCGACGGCGGUUUCUUCAAGAUGCUGCGCGGAGUCAACCUUGCCUCGAUCGAGUCGUGGGGCAGCUCAGCCGCCCAUGUGGAGAAAACACAAGGGUCCUGGGUCUACGACGAAUGGAGUGGAUGCGUGCCUGAAGGGGGCCCACCUGCUGGCCAGGGGCUCACUGCGGAGUAUUUCUACUUUACGCAAGGAGACGCAAUCCCGGACUUCGCGGGCAGAACGCCAGAUCUGGAGCGCGUUGAUGGCACGGUCAAUUUCAAGAGCGAUUUUGGCCUUGAGGUCAAUGACCACUUCGCCGUCCGCUGGAACGGCAAGCUGAAGAUUGAGACGCCAGGGCAAUACGAGUUUUCAUUGACUUCGGACGACGGCAGCAAGCUCUACAUCAACGGUCAGCAAGUCAUCGACAAUGAUGGCCUCCAUGGUGACCGCGAAGUGAAGGUGAGCAUGCAAUUCAGCUCCGGGCUCAUCGACAUUCGCAUCGAGUUCUUUGAGAACGGAGGAGGCGAGACCUGCAUCUUCAAGUGGAUUCCGCCCGGUGGGUCUCAGACUGUCGUCCCCAGCUCGGCGCUGGUGCCUCAGCAGGAGGUUCCCGCAUCCUAUAAGAAGUCACGUGGAGUGACGUGCGUGAGCAACACGGAUAUCACGCAGACGAAAGAUGCCUCGCACUGCCCAGUCGUCAACAGCUGGCCUGACAAGGCUGCCUUCCCCCACCCCAGCAGCAACCGUGCAGCCGAGAAGGCUCCAGUGGCUAUCGAGGUGUGCGGCGAGGACGAGGCGACCUGCACCGCAGCUUUCUGCCACGGCCACGGCACGGCUGCGGAGGUGGGUGGCACCUGUACCUGCAGCUGCUCCACCGGCUACGAGGGCGAUCGCUGCGAGAUGUGCAUCCCCGGAUACGAAGGCUACCCCACUUGCCGGGAGAGCUGCACUGCGGAGGCGGACUGCAACUCACGAGGUCAGGCUUCUGGUGUGAAAUGGCUGAACGAGUUCGGUUCUCAACUCGACAGCUGCGCCUGCGUCUGCGAUCCGGGCUACAGCGGCCUCAACUGCGAGACCGAAGACUUCGGGUCGCCGGGCAUGAUCUGCGAGUACUACUACUUCACGCAGGGUUCCAACGUCCCGGACUUCGCAGGAAGGACACCGGACAGCCACAUCGUCGCUCCUGAGAUUGACUUCACCAGUGACGAUCGCUUCCCGGAAGUCGCGCAACACGACCACUUCGCCGUGAGGUGCACAGGUUUUCUGAAGAUUCAGACUCCUGGAACCUACGACCUGUACACCGCCUCAGACGAUGGUUCCUUCCUCUACUUGGAUGGGGAGCGCGUGGUCGACAACGACGGCUUGCAUGGGACUCAGGAGAGAAGUGGGUCCAAGCAACUGGCAGCUGGCUGGCAUCCACUGCUUGUUGAAUUCUUCGAGAAUGGCGGUGGUGCAUCUCUUACAGUGAGGUACAAGGGGCCAGACUCAGGCGAUGCGAAGGUCGUGAUUCCUUCCUCCGCGCUGAGCACGCACCUCGAGCCAACCACGACUGCGCCCCCAACGACCACUGAGGCCACCACCACGGUGCCCACCACCACUGCCACAACCACUGUGGCAACCACCACCUCGACGACUACCCCGACAACGACCACAGUCACGACCACGGUGGCCACAACCACAGAGACGACCACGAUCGCCACGACCACAGUCACCACCACCACGGUGGCCACGACCACGUCCUUCAGUGGACCUCCCGGCCCUGCCGGGCCUCCCGGUCCUGCCGGACCUCCGGGACCUCCUGGGCCUCCAGGACCACCUGGGCCAGCCCGGUAG